CAGUAGUAAAAAAAAGGAAAACUGGUUGCCAUGAAUUUCGGCUAGUUAGCCACCGACAGCUGUCAACACAUAUGAAGAAAACCAUCCAUGUCAAGCCACAAGAAGGACUUUCGAACACUUGUGCUGCUUCUUUGUAUAUAUAGUGGCACAUCCGCCUGCCUGCCGACCUACUGUGAAUCGCUCCAGCUGGCUCAGUGACUACAUUAGAAGACCUUGGCACCACCGUGUGCCAGCUCAUUUCAAGACCCAGGGAUUUUUGAUUCCAGGUAUCUUUCUGAUUCCAGAAGAUGAACGGUCUGUCCAUACGAGAGCUAUGCUGCCUGUUCUGCUGCCCCCCUUGCCCCAGUCGCAUUGCAGCCAAGCUGGCUUUCCUCCCUCCAGAGCCCACUUAUGCCCUUCUUCCUGACCCAGAUCCAGUUACUGGAGCAGGAACUACCUCUGGGCCCGGCUCUGGAGCUGCCGUGCCAUCUCUCGGAGCUCCAGGACUGCGUUCCCGGCUGGGUGCUGGUAGCGGAAGUGACAGAGGGGGUGGAGGAGGUGGAGGAGGAGGUGGCGGCAGCAUCAGCAGCAGCACCACCAGUAGUGGUGGUGGAGCAGGUGGUAGUGCGAGUGAAGGCAAGUGGAAGUUGCAUCUCAGUGAGAGAGCAGAGUUCCAGUAUUCACAGAGAGAGCUGGAUGUGACAGAUGUGUUCCUGACUAGGUCCAGCCGAGGGAACAGGGUUGGAUGUAUGUACAUUCGCUGUGCUCCCAAUGCUAGGUUUACAGUGCUGUUUUCCCAUGGUAACGCAGUGGACCUAGGCCAGAUGAGCAGCUUCUAUAUUGGCUUAGGCACGCGCAUCAACUGCAACAUUUUCUCCUAUGAUUACUCAGGCUACGGUGUUAGCACUGGCAAGCCCUCUGAGAAGAACCUUUAUGCUGACAUCGAUGCUGCCUGGCAUGCCCUGCGCUCUAGGUAUGGCAUCAGCCCUGAGAAUAUAAUCCUGUAUGGACAGAGCAUUGGCACAGUGCCCACUGUAGACUUGGCGUCACGUUUUGAAUGUGCUGCUGUGGUCCUCCACUCUCCUCUCACGUCUGGUAUGAGAGUGGCAUUCCCCGACACCAAGAAAACAUACUGUUUUGAUGCCUUCCCUAACAUCGAGAAGGUGUCAAAGAUCCCGUCUCCAGUUCUCAUCAUCCACGGUACAGAGGACGAGGUGAUCGACUUCUCUCACGGCCUCGCUCUGUUCGAGCGCUGCCCCAAGGCCGUGGAGCCUCUCUGGGUGGAGGGAGCUGGUCACAACGACAUUGAGCUUUACAGUCAGUACCUGGAGAGGCUACGGCGCUUCAUCAACCAGGACCUCGCUGCACAGCAUGCCUGAGAAAUAAACAACAGCCUCACUGCAUUUGUAUGAAUGAGGCGUGUGUGUCUGUAAGUGUGUCUGACGAAGUUAAGUGAGACAGAAGUAUAUCAUCAUGUAGAUCUAAAAAAAAAAAAAGGACAUUAUUUUGUUUUUUUAUUUUUGCCACAUCUGUGUGUCUUUGAAGCAGCACACCUGAAGGUUAAUUUAACACAACCUCUCUUUCGUUUCUCAUUUUAAAGAUGAGAGCAUUUUUUAAGCUAUGAUCAGGCGUAUUUAUCUGUUUGGUGGAAAUGCUCCAAAACAAACAAAAAAAAAAUUACGAAUACAAUUUUUAACAUGGGAAGUAUUAUGGGUUGCAGCUUUAAAAUGUGUUAACUUGCACAAGUUAAGAAAGAAGAACAAUGUGCUUUGUCCAAAAAGGCUCACAGAUGUAAUUUUAAGUGUGACAUGUUAGUGAAUGUAUGAUUGAUGGAUGGAUGUCUAUUUAGUGUUUAUUCAUAUCUCUAUGGACCUCUUACUAAUGCGGACAUGAACUUGUGUAAGCUUGGAGCAGUGCUAAAAGAAAUGAACAUCCUGAUGACUUGGA